CACCACUUGUCAGCUUUUCAGGAAUAAAGAUCGGACUUUAUAGCACAUAGUCCUGCCUUAGUGAUGUUUAUGACAGCACGGUGUAAUUAAUAUCAGACUCAUAUCCGAUCUUUCUUGACAAAAUGAUGACCUCCAAGACCCACUCAGGGGGUGAUUUAUUAUCAUGAAGAAACAAAGACUAUAGAAUUUCAUAAUCUCUAUAGACAAUUCUAUCUGCGCCAAUGGCGUCAACUCGCUUUUCAUCAAAUCUCCACACCGUUGUGUCAAGUCUUCAUCUGAUUUUUACAAUCGCAUCGGUUGCUUUUCUUUCUUUCAAAGUCUAUCACCUGGAGUGUGAGCUUUCCUUAAUUCGAGGAAAAGUUUUUUCAAGUGAAGGCGACAUAAAAGUGACCGAAGUGACCCCGCUGUCUGCAGAUUCAAAUAAUGAAGAGCUCAGAAGAGAAAGAAAUCGCCGAGAUGAUCAACAGAAGUUCAAAUCAUAUACAGGAGACAACCUCAAGGCAGCAUGUGUCCAGAAGUUGUUGGGCGAUCUUCAGGUAUCAAAUUGUUUCCCUUUAAUUUGUAGCAUUUUUGUACAAUUACUGAGCGAUCGAGUGAGUCAAGUUGCCAGUUUCCGUUCGGACAUAUCUAGGUAGUGCGUCAGUGUUGCGAGUGUGCGAGUGUGCGUACGUGAUUACUAGCCCUGGCACUUAUAAACUAUAGAAAAAGCGCAAAAAUUUGGAAUUAAGCAGUGCAUUAGAAAAGUGCAGCAACUUUUAGACCUUCGGCGUGAUUUUCUUUGAAUCCCAAUUUCCAUGACCCGUUGAGUAAUUAUAACAUCCACUACGGGAACCAUUUUGAACUAAUGGCACAGCAUAUCUCGUACGUAUCUAUAAUAAUAAUGAUGAUGGUUUAUUAAAAUACACAUGGUGGCAUAAAAACUAUGAAUUACAAUGUGCUUACAUAAGUUACAACUAAAAAUAAAAUUACAUUUGUUUCAGAGGGACCAGAGGGACUGGGAUUACAGGCUAUUUAUAAGUUAUUUACAAUUCAGAUAUAGAUAAAGGACAGUACUAGAGAUAACUAGACUCGUAAGAUUAGUUAAUUUUCGCCAUUGCUGGGAAAAAACUAGAACCGAAGCGUUUUGUUCUAUACUGGAAGCGGCUAGAACUGCUACUGUUCCUAAGAUGGUAAGAGUGGCAUUCGGAUCGCACGGGAGGGAGAAGGCGGUGCAGCUGGCCAUCCGGGUUAUUUUUGAUAUUGUUCUCCCUAUUUUACCACGUGCUGUUAGUUAGUCUCCCUCGCAGCCGUUUUUAGUAUCGUCACGCAACGCUCCUCGAGGAGCGUUGCGUGACGAUACUAAAAACGGCUGCGAGGGAGACUAGCUGUCAGUCAAAUCACUGAAAAACCUACCUAGACUGUUUCCCUUCCCUGAUUUCAAGUUAUAGUCCUGAUCUUGGUAUCUAAGCACCAAGGAGGGUUGGGUAGAGGUGGAGGCGGGAUAGAAGAUACAUUUGAUACUCUUUUACUCUUUUACAGCAUGGCAGCAAGCGCUCGUCGAUUUGACGAUGAUACGAAAAAGUAGAGGAUUGUAAACAGUCUUUCCCUAAAUUAAGAAAUCAUAUAGGAAAUUCCCUCGUGAGCUUCCGGAGUCUCGGUAGACUAACUAUAAGUAUAUGUUCACAGUGUAAGUUGCACUAGUACUAGGCUGAGUCAUCAACUGAACACAGUCGACCCACGAUCCAUUACAGUUUAACUUAUUUGAAUCUAAGGACCUCUUGCCUCGGGGGGCGGGGGGGGGAGUGCUCCCUUAUAUUUGUCUUAUAGGUAACGUAUGUGCCGCCCCAAAGGGUAUGGUUUGUGCGCCUUUUUGGUCUGAAAACGGCGGGCAAAGGCUUUGCCUAUUUUCGUCUGAAUUAGCGUUUGUUUUUCCAGGGACUGAAUACGCGUCAGAGUCCAUGAACGUAUUUGUCGUUUCAAGUCCAAAUGAAUAGGAAAGAAAGAGCAAUAUGCGAAUUCGAAAUGGAUUUUAAGAAAUCUUUUUGUUGGCGUUCUAAUCUAAGUAAUUAUAUCAUAAUUUCUGCCUACACUAGGUCUGAAAACGGGCAUGGAUCGAAUUUUGGUUUGAGACAGUAUUGUCAAGAUUUAUAGAACCAGGUUGCACAUCCCCAACACGAAUUCCCAGGAAUACCUCCCACGGGUACUGCACAAAUGUUUGUGAUCAUGUGAGAGAUUAGCCUGUAGUGCAGGCUUAUUUUGGGCGGGCGAAAGCUGCUUGUUUUUGUUCGCACUGUUGUAACCGCUAUCUUUGUUAUUACCGAGGAAGAUUAGGGAGAGUAAAAACCAUUUUCUCCCCUCUUUUCGAAAUUCAACAGGCGCUUUAGUUCGCAAGCAAAACAUUCGCGUGCCGGAAGAAAACGCCUGCACUGCAGGCUAGCGAGAGAUGGAUUAGAAUGAAAAUACCAAAUAUCUUGGUAUUUGCUUCGAGUUAUUUCUUACCAAUCUUGUAAAUAAUUGACUUGCAAUAAGUUAUGUCACGUUUAUAUUAUUAUGGUCUGGAAUAAUUUUUUCUUCAGGUCAUCGAUGAUGCAAUCAAUGGAACUGGAAAACUUGUCUGUAUGAGAGGUCAGUACAAAUUAAUCCAAAAAGCAUCCUUGAUUGGCGUACCGGUCGACACAUCGGUAGAGUGUCUCUCGCCGGUCAAGUAUCGGUCAGUAUGUGGCUGAGAGUUUCCAGUUCGAAACAGAAACGUUACUCUGAGGUUCCCUUUCAGGUCCUCAAGGCCCACCAGGACAACCAGGUCCACGAGGUCAUCGCGGUAAAACAGGACCACCAGGUUCACCCGGUCGUCGUGGCCGUCCAGGAAUGCCUGGCAAAAACGGAUCUCCUGGGAGGAGAGGUCCUCGAGGGAAACCAGGAAAGGGUUCCCAUGUUAAUGUUACGGAGAUUGAAAACCUUCUGGAAAUAUUGAAGACAUACAGUCCAGAGGAUAUAACGUUGUUUGGUAAGUACAAAUCCUUUCGAAAGAUAUUUGAGAUUGCAAAUCGCUUUCUCUCCCGAUCCUUUAUUUUAGUAGUUAGUGAGUUAACUUUUCUCUUAUGUACACCCGACAGCUCCGCCUCGAUUUACAAAGAAACCCCCUUCUUUCAUUGUCAUUAAGGAGGGUGGUAAUAUAUCAUUCAGUUUUUCUACAUCCGGGAAUCCGGCACCCAAGAUCACGUGGUCUAUGCAGGGCCGCAGAGAAAGCCCAGAUCGAUUCAGGAUACUAGAUGACAAGUUUGAGAUGGACAAUGUGCGCUUUGAAGACGAGGGAUUAAUCACUUGUCACGCUGAAAAUAUGUUUGGUGUUGAAGUAUCCAAAUUGAAUCUGACUGUUUUAGGUGAGUCAGUUGUUUAUUUCAAAACGUGGCAUAUCAAGAGUAGGUGACAAACAUGAAAUUUAGGAGGAAGACCUACCACAAAUAGGUACUGCUCGGUCUCCUUUCCUUUCCGUGUAGCUGUAAGUAGCUAUAAAUACCCGUUGGACGGAACACUGAUGAAGAGAGAAGGGGGGGAGAGAGGGGGGGGGGAAAUGAGCGCACCGUCGGUCGGCCUCAGGUUUGUUAGUCAGAUGACUAUCUGGAGUUAUUCGCGUAUAUAAGGACUCUUUUUUUAAGCAUCUUCAUAGCUCAGUUAUGUUUAAACGUGUGGUAAGUUAUCGUCUUCCGUCUUUGAAUACGUGCUCCUUGAUGACUUCACUGAAAAGCGUGUGUUUACCUUUCUUUUCUUUUUUUUUCCCUGCAGGAGCGCCAAGGUUUCCCAAGUUCCCUCCAGUAAAAUUGUACGGCUUCUUAGGUACAGAAACAAAAGUGGAAUGUGACCUAUUUGGAAACCCCACCCCUGAAGUUCAAUGGAACAGAUCUCCCUCGUCUCCUCUCCCUCCAGGACGUAGUGAGGUGAAAGAAGACGGACUUUAUAUUAGCAACACUAAGAAAGAGGACGAAGGCAUCUACACGUGUCUUGCGACGAAUGAAUAUGGUAUGGUCAUCCAUGGAACAUACCUCAUAGUCAAGGCAGUGGGUAAGUAAGAACUAAUUAAAUUAACUGCAAAGGACCGCAAACGAAUAUUCCGCAGAACGAAGGAUCUCAGAGGAAGACCUGACCAGCAAUAAAUAUACAAAGAUACCAAGUUAAGUCGGACUACGAAUGUUCUUUAAUAAUUUCUCAAUUGCGCGUGCUAAUACAUGUAUAGAGCUAAUACUUUGUCUUUUGGCUUACCUCAUGGCAACCAUCUAAAGUUGUAAGUUGUGUUCUUUUUUGAUUACAGUGAAACUUGUAUUAAGCGGACACCCUCGGGGAAUGCUGUAGUGUCCGCUUAACACAGGGUGUCCGCCUAAUACAGGUUUCGAUAGAUAACGUCAUAUGAAGUUUCAGAUGCCAUUCCAAUGAACAGUGGAAAUGUUAAGAAUACUCCCGGAGACUUUGACGAUAUACGUUUGCAUUAAUAAUGUUUCUUUAUCAAAGUGGACCAAUUGAUCAUAAACAUAAAUUGCAACUCAAAUUUGAAGAAAUCAGAUGAGUGAAACAAGCUCUAUACAAACAAAACGAAAUAGAAAACAAUCCUGUACAAUGAAACCAAUCAAAUAAUUUCGUCAAGUUACGUUUUUUAAUGUAAAAAUCGAAAAAGUUGUGGGUGGAAAUUCGAGGCAAUCUUUCGCAUUUCCGGUGUCUAGCAUGUUGGGUGGUGGAAUUUGAUUACAAGUGUCCGUUUGAUACACGUUGGUAACAAUAGAAAUGACUAUUCCAGGUACUUUAUAGGUGUCCGCGUCCGCUUAAUAGAGGUGUCGGCUUAAUAAAGGUUUCAUUUAAAGUAAAUAAGGGAAAUAAAUUUUGGGCCUUCGGCUACUGUCCGCUUAAUAGAGGGGGUCCGCCUAAUACGGUUUCCGCUUAAUACAGGUUUCACUGUAUUAUUAUAAGUGUCGUGAACUUUCGCAUUUUUAUAUAAAUUUCAGUAUCAGUUUUAAAAAUGUACGUUGAAUAGCAUAACGUCAAGUUUACACAAAAAUGCGGAAGUUCACAAUAUUCAUCACCCCUGUUUGGGUUAUAAUUUUGAUCUAGCGCUAUUCAAGUUAAUCCGUAUCCGGUAGGGUUGGUAAGACCCCCCUAUUCUUUCUUCUACAAGCCACAAGUUAGUGAUUGGCUUUAGUUUUGGUGCUAGUGCAGUUCUUGUUACUAACGGGUCGGAAAUAUGGUCUCCACUCAGAACGUCCAGUUUUUACCGUAACACCACCUGAAGCAGUCAAUAUAUCCGGUGUAGAGGAACCAAUCAGAAUCAACUGCUCAGCUACAGGCUCCCCUCUACCCAAAAUCAGCUGGUACAAGAACAAUAUUACCCUACCUGCGAACAUUUACGUCAACGAUGACGAAGUAACCAGCGAGCUCGUGAUUGGUCAACCUAAGCCCUCUCUCCAGAUCACAUAUACGUGUGUUGCUCGUAACUUGUACAACGACGAACUAAAGACAAGUACAAAAAUAGGUGAGAUGUGCUUGGAAAUGCAAGAGUAGUCUUUCCGUCCUCUUCGCCACAAUUGGGAGAUUGCGGUACCCUACGAGAGGAGGUCCUUUAAUUGAUUCCUCUCCAUAAAAAUAAAGGUGCCUUGAUGAGAAGAUCACUAAACCCCGACUCGCAGGAGAGCUAUCAUUUGGGACUAAAAUAAUAUGGAAACAAGUCCCAUUGCUUUUGCACUCAAUUUAUUUUUUCGACAUCAUAAUAUCUGCACUAAGAAGUUUAAUCAUAACCAUUACAAUUUCCUCAAAUUUGAUUGGCCGCUGCAUUAAGCGCCCUAUUUUUCACUAAUCAUUGUUAUUAGUAUAUAUAUGGUCUUAAUCGGACAUUCUAAUCUGACAGUUUGCUGUACCGGACACCUGUGAUCAGACAGUUACAUUAGCCAAUCAUAUUAAGUGCUCUCAGCUGAAUCCACCAAUCACAGAAGUUAUCACGAUAACCAUAGCAAUAACCACUUACCCUACCAAACUGAGCUUUUUCCAAAAUGGAUCUGGACGAAUUUGUAACACUAGACAGUGUCUCCGCCAGUGAUAUUUUCCCUAAUUUUGGACAUUUGGUAUUCAAAUGCUCUUUCACGAAACAGAAUACAUUUAUUUUUCUCGGAAAUUGUAACGUUUAUGAUUAAUUGGUAACAGGACUUUGUGUCGUCCAAUUCGGUCUGUAAUCAUAACCAAAAAUUGGAUUUUGUUAAUCACUCGUAUGAUUACAGACCGAAUUGGACUCCACUCAGUCCUGUUUCCCUUAUAAAUCAAUAAAAUUUCCUAUAUAUCAUACAACUUAAAAAGAAAUGAUCUUUUCAUCUAAUUUUCUAGCAGUCACCGCCAGAAGUAAAUUCCCGGGAGCAUUCUAGAAAUGUAUUAAUACCCGCUGAUCAACAGCUAUAGAAAUUUCUCUAUUUACCACUAACGUCUUGACUGCAACCGUUCAAACGUUCCUUUAAACCUUUUCUUUCUGUUUUCUAGUUUUACGCGACUGCGGUGAUCCAGGAAAACCAGACAAUGCAGUUGCUGUAAGUCAGAGCAAGAAUUACUGGGCAGGAGAGUAUGUCAGGUACCUCUGUAAUCCGGGAUAUGCCAUGGUUGGUCCAGCGGUAAGAAGAUGCUUGCCCAGCGGCAAAUGGAGUGGAAAUAUACCAACAUGUAAGAGUCAAAGUUAAAAAAUUAAAUAUGUAAAUCGAUGAUAAUAAUAAUAAUAAUAAUAAUAAUAAUAAUAAUAAUAAUGUUGUCAUCCCGUCUGUCUCGGGAGACAAUGUAAUCAGCGCCAAGGUUUAGUCAGUGGUUUAGUUGCAGCGCCUUCUGUGGCUGGGGAACAAUCCGAUUCUGGAUCGGCAGGCUCUGUUGCAGUUGUUGCAGAUGAAUUCCGUGUAUGGCUCUGUGGGUACUGAUGCUGCCCACAGCCGUCUGCGCCUCGUUCCACUCCUCACACGCCAAAGUGCUUUCCUUGAAAGCAAGCCUCCGGUGACUUCGGUCUACAGCUACAGCUUCCCAAGCUGCAGGGUUGAUAUUACCUGCUUUCAGAUCUCGUUUACAAACUUCUAUGAAACGACGAGGAGGCCCCCUGCAGGUCUGGUUCCAGUGGCAUAGCUCGCCAUAGAGUACGUUCUUAGGAAUCCUCCCGUCCUGCAUGCAGCUGACAUGGCCAAGCCUGAAUGAGCAAGAUGAACGUGGUAGCUACUCCCGCCUGUGCUAGAAAAUCAUUGUUUGGGACAUUCAGGUAGUUAACGCCUGGACUGAGUGGUAUGAAUUAUUGACAAUAACUUCAGCUUAGAUGAUUGCACUGAAUUAAAAUUUGGCACACGUGAAGAACUUGUUGUCCUUAACAUUUUAAAGUAAAAAGUAUUGUGUUAAUAAGUCCGCGAUAUGUCACGUGACCAUUUUGCUAAAAAUCGUAAAUUAUUGACCAAUUGGUUGCCGGUUUAAGAAAAGAAAUCGAGCAAUAGCAUUUUUCUAAUUCAUAUUAAAUACUUCUAACACUUCACGUUUGGAAUGAGCGUCCAGUGCACUUCAAUAAAAAACUUAUGAGGGAAAACGUCAUUUUAAAUUCCCAAAUUUAAUCUUGAAUUAUUUAAAACUUCAAUUUUAAAAUUCGCGUACAUUCAUUCCAAACGUAGAAAGUAAGGUAGCUUAUCCUUUUUCAGAAAUGCCAAUUUGUUUAUCCAAACAAAGUAAAACUGCGAAACAAAGUAAAUUCGCCACCAAUUCGCCAGUUUUCUUCAUUUUCAACAUUAAGGCGCAAGAAAGCCUCAAAAUUUACUUUUGGGGAAAAAUCCGUUUUGUCCUAGGUCUCCUAGCGAGAGAUAUUGCUAGUCAUUCGUAUGCUCAGAGCACACCUUUAACCCAAGCCUUAAAUCCCUUGAGACGGCCUUGCCAGGUGAUGCCCUAAAUCCUUCUGAGGCAGCGCUGGUGAAUGGUGUGGAGUAGAGGUUCCAGGUCUCUCCCUAGAGCAACGAAGGACUGGUACACAAAGACCUUUAUCACCUCGAGAGUGUAAUCGCCAAUGGAGAAGUUUGGGGCCCUGUUAACAUCUUGGCCAAGGAUUUUGGUCUUCUUGACACUGUUGGUGAGACCAAACCCGCUCGAAGGAGCUGAUAAGUCGCCCUAAAGCACCCUCAGUGUGCGUGGGCGUUUAGGGCAGCAUCGUCUGCAAACGGCAACUCCCUUAUCAGUACUUUCCGAACCUUGGUCUUUGCUCGGAGGCGUGCAAGGUUGAAGAGAUGUCCAUCAAUUCUGGUGUUAAGAUACACACCAUCCUCUAACUGACUGAAGGCGUAAAAAAGCAACAGAGAGAAAAUGAUGCCGAAGAGAGUAGGAGCGAGUGCACAGCCCUGUUUCACUCUGUUCUUGAUUGGGAAGGGGUCUGAGGUUGAGCCAUCGUACCGGAAUUCAUAUACAUCUAUCACAUUCACCUCUUUAACUGCGGCAGGAUUAGCACCGUCAAUAGAGCGCUUGACUGCAGAGUGGGAGGUUCGAUUCCCGCUACCGGAACAACACACAAGGUCUAAAAAGACUGAGAAAUGAAGAUAUUGCCUUUGCCCUGCAAACGGCUAGACCCUCGCGUGGCUCGGUUGACCACGUAAAAUGGCGGUCCCGUCUCCAGUAAGAGACGUAAAAAUAUUGUCCCCAACUAGUACUUCCGUACUAAAUACAUUGACACUCAAAUAGAGUGCAUUGUUUUUGCAAUGGAACACAUGAACACAUAAUUGACCAACUCCCAACAUCAGUGGCUUCAUAGCUCAGUUGGUUAGAGCAUCGCACCGGUAUUGCGAGAUCACAGGUUCAAACCCCGUUGAAGUACUGAAUUUUUUUUUUCAGGCUUCUUACGCAAUUGCAUAAAUUGCGUUCACAACUGCGAGGAUCAUUCUUCAUUUGAUUUCAUUUCCGCAGUUCUUAUAUGAAUAAUUUCAUAUGCAUCUAUCACUUUGAGUACUUCGUCUGUUAAGGGUGGAACGUUAAGUUUAAUCAUGACAGGUAGGAGGUUGCUUCUUUCAACUGCUGUGUCAGUGACGAAGUUCUCCCUAUAGUGUAGCUCUUGGUAGUAUUCUGCCAAUUUCUUCAUCAGUUUGCCCCGGUCUGUAAUGAUGUCGUCGGCAGGUGACUUCAGAGGAGCAGUCUGGGCAGCGCUUGGACCGAACUCUAUCUUUAUGCCAUCGUACAUGGCGCGGAUGUCCCAGAAGUCAGCAGAGAGUUAUGGAUGCUCUAACAGAGACAGCCAGUGGUCGUUGGCGAGGCGGCGAGCGAUCCUUUAGGCAUCGACGUCUUGGCCUUCCUGAGUGCAGUACGUGAGUGUCUUAUCAGAGGACUGUACUCCCUCUUGUAGUCGAGCACUGCUGCUCUCUUGCAAAAGUUGCGAUCACUGGCUCGAGCUUUCGGUAAUGCCAGCUUCACAGCAGUCUGUCAGCAGUUUGUGUUCUGCCUCUUUUUCUUGCCAACGGCGUCCAUGGCCGAGUUGUAAAUAGCGAAACGGAUAUGGUAAUUUUCCCCAGCGCUUGAUGUGGAGAAGUCCUUUAGGACCUCUUCAAUGGAGUCGGCGCCGCCCUCAUGCAGGUCUGGUAUUGCUGUCCUAGCCGUGUUGUAGCCUGCGAUCAGGCGUUUUUGUUUUUGUUUUUCGGAAGGACACCUGAUCGCAAAUUUGCGCUGUGUUGAUGCUUGGGUUGCGGGCUUGCCUUCCUACCCACCAGAGAGUAGUCGGUGUCGCAUUCAGCGCUGUCGUAGCUGCGCGUACUGAUGACACAGUUAAGAAGGGGUCUUCAAGUGAUAACAAGAUCCAGCUGGUGCCAGUGACGGAAUCUUAUCUGGGGUGACGCCACGAUAGUUCAUGGUUAGGCUUGGUUGAGACGAAGAUGUUGGUUACGGAUAUUUCCAACCCGCUCGGUUACUAAGAAAGUGUACGUAUGGUACUUAAUGCCCUGAAUUUCCGAGUUCUAAAAACACUCUCAUUUCAAUGCGAGUCUAUGUACUGUACAAAACCUUUCGUUCAAAAAGAAGUUUUGUUUGCGUGAAAUAAAAAAAAAAUAAUUUUUUUUAUCUAUAGCUUCGCACCUUGCCUCGCUUCGAAUAAAAGUCCUUUACAAGUUACUUAAUAUUUAAUGAAAGUCAAUUCCCUUCAUCGACUUUAUUGUUUUGUCGUUUGUUUGUUUUUUCAGGUACAGAAAAGCCUGAAUGCGAGCCUUACUGGACCAUAGAUGACAACACCAGACGGAAAAGUUUCACGGCGUCACGAAGUAGUAAGAAUGACUACUAUUUGGCUGAAGGAUGGUACAGGUUUAUAUCAGGCAAACAAAUGUCCACAAGUUGUAGUUAUAGAACCAGCUAUUGCGAUACUUCAUAUGCAGGAUGGUUGCAGGGAAGCCAUCCGUCAGUAAAGGAAGGGGUGGUCUCUCGGAAAGUGUGUUUUGGCAACACUGGUUCACGUGGUUACAGUAGUUACUGUAGUUGUCAAUAUAGUACAUAUAUAAAGGUGCGAAACUGCGGUUCUUUCUACAUCUACAAACUGAAACCCACACCAAAUCAGAACUGUCGUUAUUGUACUGAAUACUAACAGAGUCAAAUAAAAAAGCAGUAUUAUAGGGAAAGUAUAUCACUAGGAAAACAAGUCCUUUUAGUUUUCUUACCAGCCGAAUCUUGUCUAACAAAGAGUUGACUGACUCACUUAUGUAAUCUCAACCCCCAUAUAGGCCAUAUAGGCCAAACUUUGCUAAACGUCAUUCUUUUCAUUUUUGCUGAUUAGCAUACAAGUUAACCAAUUGAACACGUCGCCAAACUAUAUAUCUAUUAACUCAAAAGUAGCAUGAGUUGGUCAAAUUGAGUAGCUUGUGCAAGUUUCAGCUCGCUGCAACCUAUAACUAAAAACUGCGAAAUUGCUGAGUGGCAAAAAUAUUAAUGAUCUCAGACAUUCUUUGUAACUAUGGGGAGUUAACAAAGAGAAUUUUUUCGAAAUUAUUCAUAUAUCGUGCUCACAUUUUCAGAGAUAACUUAAAUUGUUAUCCUCUUUCAAUAUUCAGAGACUGAUGUUAUUUUAUUAGGUUAAUAUGUUAAUGAGGCAUGUUAAUGAGGCAAAAAUGUAAACAAGGAUUCGAAU